AAGAACCAAAGGCAAGCCAAGAAACGUGCUGCGAUGCGUCGUGAGGGCCGGCAGCACGGGUGGGUGUACGCCGUCGACCGCAGCCUGGUCGACCCGGAGGGCAAGCGCCGCGCGGUGCACGCCGUGGAGGGGCCGACUGCAGCCAACGGCGGGUUCGUCAGGGCGUCGCGGAAGCCCACCAACCACUCCAAGUUCACCGGCGGCCGCUCGUCCAGGGAGCUCAGCGGCAAGGGCGCGGUGGCGGCGUCGGGCAAGGGGAGGCACAAGUUCAAGCACGACGAGGUCAAGAUGUACUACAUCGAGGGAGCCGACGGUGCCGCCGUCGAUGCGCUGGUGGACUGGUAUGACUGACAUGGAUUGAUAGAUUUAUGAGCGCAGGCCGCAUUGCCGGAAAGAGGAGGGAUGUAUACUUUCUGUGUCAGGGGUCUGAACUUAAUUUGUGAUGUGAAAAAUCUUUGUUGCUUAACUCAGUGAAUAAACUAGACUCUCUUGUUAGGGGUAUUACAAACAAACACCUCUUGCAUUGUGUACGUGAUCAAAUAUUAUUAGCAAUGCUAACUGUUUUUUAUUAUCA